ACAAGCGGCGGGCUGCUCCGCCGAGUCCUCGCAGGUGGAGGCCCUUCUGCCGACGGCACUGAGUAGACAUCUCCGGGCAGAGGCCAGGCCGCGCUACCCGGGCUGCCGCUGGGCGCCGGAGGGGCGGAGAGGGGAGGUGAGUCCUGGCAAUCCCAUGGGCAGGGCGCCCUCCGCGGGCCAGGAUCACCUUCGGGCAGCAGGGAGCGAACAGCGCUGAGCGGCGGGAAGAUGGAGCGACGAAGGGACAGCACGAUGGCGGACGAGUUGGCCAACGCCGCAGCCCGCGGCGAUCUGCAGCGCAUACGGGAGCUGCUGGACUGCGCGGCAGACCCCAACGCCGUCAACUCCUACGGCCGGACCCCCAUUCAGGUGAUGAUGCUGGGCAGCCCGAGGGUGGCGGAGCUGCUGCUGCAGCGCGGUGCCGACCCCAACCGCCCCGACCCUCGCACCGGCUGCCUCCCGGCGCACGACGCGGCCCGCGCCGGCUUCCUGGAGACGCUGACAGCUCUGCACAGCGCUGGGGCGCGCCUCGACCUGCCCGAUGGCAGCGGCCGCCUUCCUCUAGACGUGGCGGCGGGGGGCCCGCACGGACCCGUGGCCAGGUUCCUCCGCCACCUGCCGCCGCGAGCCUAGCCGCCUCCUUUGCCGCCCCUUACCCUAAUUUAUGGCUCGUGUCCUCCUCGGGAGAUAGAGUCUUGUAGCAGCCACUUGCUGUAAAUAACGCCGACACUGCACUUCCCCACUCAUGAAAGACCCGCGGGACAUGUCGUGUUUCGUACACUACAUUUUGCACUUUUCUGCAGUGUUAUCCUGCACUUAAAACUCCACUGCCCUCCACGCCCCUCUUUUCUCACACUAGAGUCCCAACACUGUGAAGAGAACUAAAUAUGAAGGAACCCCACCUCACAGAGGUGUCACAAUAAACUCUUCAACUCUUCCUGUUUUGACAGGA